AUGAAGCUAACUGUGCUAAGACGCUAUAUGAGUAGUGUAACUGCAGUACCAAGGGUGAAAGAUUUCGUCGACUUAUGUAUUGUUGGAGCUGGACCAGCUGGGUUAACAGCAGCAAUCAGAUUCAAACAACUGGAUAAAGAUAACAAAUACCGUGUUGUGGUGCUUGAGAAAGCAGGAGAUCUGGGAUCUCACACUUUGUCAGGUAUGAUCUUGGAGCCUCGUGCAAUGAUGGAACUAUUCCCAAAUUUCAAACAAAAUUGUCUUGAUAAUAAGAAAGAUAAUGGAGUAAUUUUAGAUCCCGUUAAUAAGGACCAAUUUAAGUUAUUGACUCCGACAGGAUCAAUACCUUUACCAUUAACGCCAGGGUUGACCAAUACAGGGAAAAACUAUGUCGGGUCAUUGAGUACUGUGGUGAGAUGGCUUGGUGAAAAGGCAGAAGAGCUUGGAGUUGAACUCUAUACUGGCGUAAGUGUAUCCGAUAUUAUAUAUAACAAGAACAAAGAUGGUGUAAUUGGUGUAGCUACAAAAGACCUAGGAAUUGAUAAGAAUGGGAAACCAAAGGAUUCAUUCGAAAGAGGAUUAGAAUUCCAUUCUAAGCAAAUUGUAUUAGCAGAAGGUUGUCAUGGUUCUGUAACAAAACAAAUCUUACAGAAAUUUAAUCUACGAGAAGGAAGAGGCAACCAAUCCUAUGGGUUAGGUCUUAAGGAAGUAUGGGAAGUCAAACCUGAGAAUUUUCAAAAGGGAAUGGUAGCACAUACAAUGGGUUAUCCAUUAUCUAAGGAUCUAUACGGUGGUGGAUUUCAAUAUCAUUUUGGAGAUAAUCUUGUCAGUGUUGGUUUAGUUGUUGGUCUAGACUAUGAAAACCCAUAUGUCUCCCCUUACCAAGAAUUUCAAAAACUAAAACAUCAUCCCUUUUAUGCCAAAGUCCUAAAGGAUGGUAAAUGUAUUGCAUAUGGUGCUCGUGCACUAAAUGAAGGUGGCAUUCAAGCUAUCCCGAAAUUAAAUUUCCCAGGUGGUGUGAUAAUCGGUGCAUCUGCAGGUUUCAUGAAUGUACCAAAGAUUAAAGGUACUCAUACUGCUAUGAAGAGUGCAAUGCUAGCAGCUCAGAGCUGUUACGACGAAAUCAGUAAAUUACCUUCAUUUGAAAGUAUCGUUGAAGAGAAAGGUGAAGAAAAUGUAGAUAUUUCAGAGGAACCUUUAAUAAACAUUGAGUCAUACGAGAACUCAUUAAAGAAAUCUUGGGUAUAUGAUGAAUUGCAUGAAGUUCGUAAUAUCAGACCAUCCUUCAAUACAAAAGCUGGGUUAUUUGGUGGUAUGAUGUAUUCCGGUAUUGACACUCUACUGUUAAAGGGUAAAGCUCCUUGGACUUUCAAAUUUGGUAAGAGUGAUUCUAGCAUGACCAAACCAGCCAAAGCGUUUAAACCCAAGAAUUAUCCGAAGCCAGAUGGUGUAUUAUCUUUUGAUAUAUUAACUUCCAUAUCAAGGACAGGUACUUAUCAUGACGAUAAUGAACAAUGCCAUUUACGUAUUGGUAAAGAUCAAGAUCUAGAGAAAUUUACCGAGGAGUCCUAUCCUAUUUAUAAAGGUAUCGAGGAGAGAUUUUGUCCUGCAGGUGUCUACGAGUUCGUUAAGGACGAAUCAUCAAAAUAUGGUGUAAAAUUUAAAAUCAACUCACAGAAUUGUAUUCAUUGUAAAACUUGUGAUAUCAAGUCCCCAACACAAGAAAUCAAUUGGACCGUCCCUGAAGGUAGUGAUGGACCAAAAUAUACCAUAACUUAG